GGCCGCUCUAGGCCGCUGCUCGGUGGUUCCGGUGGGGCGGCAUGGGGGAGCGGCGGUACCGCUCGGCCUCGGGGGCGCCCGUCGCGCUGCGGCGCCGCCAGCACAGCGCCUCCUGCCGGGAGCUGGCGGUGCGCUGCCCCCGCCUGCAGCUCCGCUCGCUCAGCGCCGUCACCUCCGCCGUCUGGCUGGCGGCCUACGGGCUCUUCGUGCUCAGCCAGAAUAGUAUGGUGCUUUCUGCUGCUAUCUUCAUCACGCUGUUUGGCCUGAUCAUAUACCUGCACUUUGUGAAAGUUGACCAGGAAUCCCUGUUGGUCAUCGGCUCACUCGGCAUUCAGGUGACCUCAUCCUAUGCUUCAGGGAGAGAGAGCACAGCCUUCAUUGAGAUGGGUCAAGUGAAGGAUGUAGUUAUCAAUGAAGCCAUCCAUAUGCAAAAAGUUAUCUACUACCUGUGCAUCCUCCUCCAGGACCCUGGAGAUCCUCAGGGAGUAUCUGAGGUUGUGCCACUCUUUCAGAGCUCCAAGCCACGGCUGGACUGCUUAAUAGAAGUGUACAAAAGUUGUCAAGAAAUCCUGGAGCAGAGGAAGACAGCUCCACAAUCAAGUGGAAUAAAAUAGUAAAAAAAAAAAAAAAAAAAAAAAUCAAGGUAGCAAACUUGCAGCAGGACUCAGACAGACACAUGGAAAAGCAAGCAAAACUGCCCCAUGUUUUUUUUUUAAAUUAGAUGAGUAGAAAGUGGUGCAGCAGUACAGUGAUGUUAGGUCUAAAGGCCUGCGCAGACUCACAGAGUUGUUACAGAAAAUGUCAGCUCAAGCACAGGAGUGAAACUUGAAAUCCUUUGCUAUGAAGACAGGUAAGCAGAACUUUUUAGACUCAGACAGAAAAGGCUUUUCCUUGCCUCUCCAGAAAAGAAUUAUGGGGAAAUAGGGCAAAGGGAGGCAAGAACAUGCAUCAAAUGUUUACUCUUUUGUGGAUCGGAAAAUUAUGAUAAACUUAUAAUGUAACCUUGGCUGGACUGCCAGAAAUAUGCAUUUUUUUGUUUCUAUUUAACCCUUUGUUUGAAAAAAGCAUAUACCACUCUAAAUACCAAAGCUGAUGUGUGGGCUGGGAUGGUAACUUCCUGAUCCACAGGAGAAUUUCAGAAAGAAAAUAACAGAAAAUUAAAAUAUACUGCUGCAUUCAAUUAUGUUUAGUGAAAUAAACAUAGGAGAGCAGACUUUGACCUCUUCAGGGAUCUGCUUGAAAGAGUCCCAUGCAAUGGGGCCCUAGAGGGAAGAGGGGUCCAAGAAAGCUGAUUGAUAGUCAAGGAUCACCUCCUUUAAGCUCAAGAACAGUCCAUCCUAGUGAGCAGGAAGUCAAGCAAAAAUGCCAGGAAGCCUGCAUGGAUGGACAAGUUGCUCCUGGCAAAAUUCAAACACAAAAAGGAAGUACACAGAAGGUGGAAGCAGGGACAGGUAACCUGGGAGGAAUACAGCAACACUGUCUGAGAUGCGGUUAGGAAAGCCAAAGCCCACCUGGAGCUGAAUCUCUUGAGGGAUGUCAAAGGCAACAAGAAGGGCUUCUGUAAAUACACAAGUAGCAGAAGGAAGACAGGGAAAAUGUGGACCCAUUGCUGAAUGGGGCAGGGGGCAUGGUGACAGAGGACAUGGAAAAGAUGUGGCAUUAAACGGGCCACAUCAGUUGCUCUGAGAAUAUGAGGAAAAUGUGUUGUUGAAAAUGAUCGUAAUGACUACGUGAAUAAAGUUUUAUUGAUCUGUACUCUCAGGAGUAACUUAA